AUGGAAAAUUAUCAUAGUACUCCCAAUAUAGAUUUAUCAGAAAUUUAUUAUAGUUCUGAGACAGUCGAAUUUGAAGAGUUGAUGAAAGUCGUUUUAAAAUGCUUAAAUAACUCUAAAAAUUUGACGGCUGAUAUCUUACAAGAGAUCACUCAUUAUCGGAAAUUUGAACAUAGUAGUCGUGUUAUUUUUAUUAGUCAAUGUUACGGAAUUUCUCAAGAUCCUGCAACGGGUAAUUAUAUAAUGAUAAUGCAUUAUUUUGAAGGAGGUAAUCUAAGACAAUAUUUAACCAAUUAUAAUAGUCGAUUAUCUUUUGGAGACAAACUUGGACUUUUAUACACAAUGGCAAAUGGUCUAUUCUACAUCCAUUUUAAUGGACUUAUUCACAGAGAUUUUCAUCCGGGAAAUAUACUAAAUAGGUAUAGUGAAGAAUUGAGUUUUGAAUGUAUAAGACCCAACAAGACAACACAAUACAUUGGUUGUUAUGUUACUGAUUUAGGAUUAUGCAAACCACUUAAUGAAGCAAAUGAUGACGAAUCAAUCUAUGGAGUACUGCCUUACGUUGCACCUGAAAUAUGUAGUAAAGGACUUCGUCCUAAUUUAGAUAUUACCAAUAUACCUCAGCUAUUAAAGGAAUUAAUUGUCAAGUGUUGGGAUGAUGAUCAUUUAGCCCGUCCAAAAGCUUCUGAUUUAUUAGAGCUUUUUAGAAAAUGGUAUAGUGAUCAGGAUGAAGAAUUUUGUCGUCAAUAUAAACAGAUAGAAGAUGCAGAAAGACCAAUAACAUCAGUUUCCGAAAAUUUGAAUGAACUUAACAUUGAAGAUAAUAGUGUAGCAGCUAACAUUACAUAA